ACUUUUGGGGGGGUGGUGUGCAGGUGAUCUAGCAAAUUAGGAGAGGGUGAGAGAAAAGCAGAGGUAUGAACAGGACACGCUGCAAAUUUUUGCACUGGAGAUGAUAAUCCAGGAUCAAAAGCCUCCGCUCUCAGCUCUGAGGCUGUCCUUUAAGGCGCUGCUCGGUUGCCCCCUCUGGAGAGUGCAGUGGUGGGGGUCAGAUCUUUGCAUUUGCACAGUGUAAUGGGGGGAAAAACUGAAAGCAACCGCCGACAUUGCAAAGCAGGUGGAUAGCAGCGCGUGAGCGAGCGCCGGGGAGAGGAUGCACAGGAGGAGAAAGGCAGCAGCGCUGGCAGCCGGCUCGGAGGCACAGCUGCUUCUGUGAAAUCCACCGCACUCCUCCCCGUGCCUGCAGCCUGCGAACAAAGGAACCCAGCGGCGGGGGGUGCAUCCGAGCCGGAGCCUUGCCCUGCAAGCUGCAUCGCGGCCCCGCCGAGCAGGGCUCUUCCCCCCGCGCGCCCGCUCUCAGCGGUGGGAAGGGAGGGAAGGCGGAUCGGGCUCAAGAUGGCUUUAGCCCGGCUCUGCGCCCUGCUUGCCUGCUGCUGCUGCUGGCUCCCACAGGCUGCCGCCGCCGGGCCCGCGGAGGCGGACGGGGACCCGUCCAAGGAGCUGGAGUGCAAGCUCAAGAGCAUCACGGUGUCGGCGCUGCCCUUCCUGCGGGAGAACGACCUGAGCAUCAUGCACAGCCCCUCGGCCUCGGAGCCCAAGCUGCUCUUCUCGGUGCGCAACGACUUCCCCGGGGAGAUGGUGGUGGUGGAUGAUCUGGAGAACACCGAGCUGCCCUACUUUGUGCUGGAGAUCUCGGGGAACACCGAGGACAUUCCCCUGGUGCGCUGGAGGCAGCAGUGGCUGGAGAACGGCACGUUGCUCUUCCACAUCCACCACCAAGAUGGCACCCCCAGCCUGCCUGGCGCUGACCCCACCGAAGAGCCCCAGACUGAGUCAGCGGAAGAGGAGCUAAGGAUCCUCCACAUCUCUGUUAUGGGGGGGAUGAUUGCCCUGCUGCUCUCCAUCCUGUGCCUGGUGAUGAUCCUCUACACCCGCCGGCGUUGGUGCAAGCGACGCCGGGUGCCGCAGCCCCAGAAAAGUGCCAGCGCGGAGGCGGCCAACGAAAUCCACUACAUCCCCUCAGUCCUGAUUGGGGGUCACGGGCGGGAGAGCCUGCGCAACGCCCGUGUGCAAGGCCACAACUCCAGCGGCACGCUGAGCAUCCGUGAGACCCCCAUCCUGGACGGCUAUGAGUACGACAUCACUGACCUGCGUCACCACCUGCAGCGCGAGUGCAUGAACGGCGGUGAGGACUUCGCCAGCCAGGUCACCAGGACGCUGGAUUCGCUGCAGGGCUGCAAUGAGAAGUCUGGCAUGGAUCUCACGCCAGGUUGGGGGUCGAAAGUUUUUGCCUUAAAUUCUUCCUGCUCAGGAAGCGACAACGCCAAGCUGUCCUUGAUGAACAAGUACAAGGAUAACAUCAUCGCUACCAGCCCCGUGGACUCCAACCACCAGCAGGCUACCCUGUUGUCUCAUACCUCCAGUAGCCAGCGGAAGCGGAUCAAUAACAAAGCGCGAGCUGGCUCAGCAUUUCUGAACCCCGAAGGAGAUUCUGGGACAGAGGCUGACAACGACCCCCAGCUGACGUUUUAUACUGACCCAUCUCGGAGCAGGCGGCGCAGCAGAGUUGGCUCGCCGAGAAGUCCCGUCAACAAGACCACGCUGACCCUGAUCAGCGUCACCAGCUGCGUGAUCAGCCUGGUGUGCUCGUCCCACAUGAGCUGCCCGCUCAUCGUCAAGAUCACCCUGCACGUCCCGGAGCACCUCAUUGCCGACGGGAGCCGCUUUAUCCUGCUGGAGGGCAGCCAGCUGGAUGCCAGUGACUGGCUAAACCCUGCCCAGGUCAUCCUGUUCUCCCAACAGAACUCCAGCGGGCCCUGGGCACUGGACCUCUGUGCCCGACGGCUUCUUGACCCGUGUGAACACCAGUGUGAUCCAGAAACCGGUGAGUGCCUUUGCUAUGAGGGUUACAUGAAGGACCCGGUGCACAAGCAUCUCUGCAUCCGGAACGAGUGGGGCACGAACCAGGGACCUUGGCCAUAUACAAUAUUCCAGCGUGGAUUUGACUUGGUGCUGGGAGAGCAGCCUUCGGAUAAGAUCUUUAGGUUCACGUACACCCUGGGGGAAGGGAUGUGGCUGCCACUGAGUAAGAGCUUUGUGAUCCCACCGGCCGAACUGGCCAUCAACCCCUCAGCCAAGUGCAAAACGGACAUGACGGUGAUGGAGGAUGCGGUGGAGGUCAGGGAAGAACUGAUGACUUCCUCCUCCUUUGAUAGCCUGGAGGUUCUCUUAGACUCCUUUGGACCGGUUCGGGACUGCUCCAAGGACAACGGGGGCUGCAGCAAGAAUUUCCGUUGCAUCUCGGACCGCAAAUUGGACUCGUCCGGUUGUGUGUGCCCAGCAGGUCUCAGCCCUAUGAAGGAUGGCACUGGCUGCUAUGACCGCCACGUUGGUGUGGACUGUUCGGAUGGGUUCAAUGGUGGCUGCGAGCAGCUGUGUCUCCAGCAGAUGGUGCCUCUGCUGGAAGAUCCCGUUCUGUACAAUAUCCUCAUGUUCUGCGGGUGCAUUGAGGAUUACAAACUUGGAGUGGAUGGGCGGUCGUGCCAGCUGAUCUCGGAGUCCUGUCCAAAGGGAGGUGACUGCGGGGAGAGCCGGGAGCUGCCCAUGAAUCAGACUCUGUUUGGGGAAAUAUUCUACGGGUACAACAACCACUCCAGGGAGGUGGCAGCUGGACAGGUGCUGAAAGGGACCUUCAGGCAGAACAACUUUGCCCGGGGCUUGGAGCAGCAGCUUCCAGAUGGCCUGGUGGUGGCCACUGUCCCGCUGGAGAACCAGUGCCAGGAGCAGAUCUCUGAGCCCACACCUGACCCAGGCUUUCUGACUGGGAUGGUGAAUUUCAGCGAGGUGUCUGGAUACCCGUUGCUGCAGCACUGGAAGGUGCGUUCCGUCAUGUACCACGUCCGGCUCAACCAGCUGGCCAUCUCCGAGUCUUUCAGCAACGCCCUCCAUUCUCUGGAUGGAGCCACCUCCCGAGGCGAUUUCGUGGCCCUGCUAGACCAGUUUGGCAACCACUACAUCCAGGAGGCAGUCUAUGGCUUUGAGGAAUCCUGCUCCAUCUGGUAUCCCGAUAAGCAGGUCCAACGGCAGCUCUGGCUGGAGUACGAAGACAUAAGCAAAGGCAAUUCCCCCUCUGAUGAGUCUGAGGAGCGAGAGCGGGACCCCAAAGUUCUCACCUUCCCCGAAUACGUCGCCAGCCUGUCCGAGUCGGGCACCAAGCGGAUGGCAGCUGGGGUCCGCAUGGAGUGCCAGAGCAGAGGCCGCUGCCCUUCCUCAUGCCCGCUCUGCCAUGUGACUUCGAGCCCGGACGUGCCGGCCGAGCCAAUUCUGCUGGAGGUCACCAAAGCAGCGCCCAUCUAUGAGCUGGUCACCCACAACCAAACCCAGAGGCUGUUGCAGGAGGCCACCAUGAGCACCCUGUGGUGUUCCGGGAGUGGGGAUGUCAUCGAAGACUGGUGCCGGUGCGACUCGAGUGCUUUUGGUGCUGACGGGCUCCCGGCCUGCGCGCCCCUCCCACACCCAGUGCUGCAGCUCUCCACCAUGCACGAGCCCAGCAGCACCUUGGUGGUGAUGGAAUGGGAGCACUCAGAGCCGCCAAUCGGAGUGCAGAUCGUCGAUUACCUCAUCCGUCAGGAGAAGAUCACCGACCGGAUGGAUCAUUCCAAAGUGGAGACCGAGACUGUGCUGAGUUUGGUGGAUGACAUAAUCUCCGGAGCCAAAUCCCCCUGCGCGAUGCCGGCACAAGUACCCGACAAGCUGUCCACCACCAUCUCCUUGGUCAUUCGCUGCCUGGAGCCUGACACCACCUACACGUUCACGCUUUGGGGAGUUGAUAACACAGGGAGACGCUCCAGGUCAAGUGAUGUGACGGUCAAGACCCCCUGCCCAGUGGUAGAUGACGUGAAGGCUCAAGAAAUAGCAGACAAGAUCUACAAUCUCUUCAAUGGCUACACCAGCGGCAAGGAGCAGCAGACAGCCUACAACACUCUGCUGGACCUGGGCUCGCCCAGCCUGCACCGGGUCCUCUUCCACUACAACCAGCACUAUGAGAACUUCGGGGAGUUCACUUGGCGGUGUGAAGAUGAAUUAGGACCCAGGAAGGCCGGCCUCAUUCUCUCCCAGCUUGGGGACCUCAGCAGCUGGUGCAACAGCCUCCUUCAGGAGCCCAAGAUCAGCCUCCAGCGCACGUCACUCAGGUAUCUCGCCUGCCGCUACAGCGAGAUCAAGCCGUACGGACUUAACUGGUCAGAGCUGAGCCGGGACCUCAAGAAGACAUGUGAAGAGCAAGCGCUAAGCGUCCUCUAUAAUGACUAUGGAGACAAAGACAACUGAGGGGUUGAGGAACCACUCUCAGGCCCCUAAGAGGCAAGUGGGAGAAAAGCGCAUUUGUGGGAGUUUUGUAAAUGGAUCUGCAGGAGGUCACUGAAAUCUCCCAAGACAAAACUUAAACCAGGGAGGGAAACUAUUGCUCUUUGCAGGACUUACCUGGUAUUAGACUCUUCAACACAGCCAAUAGCCUUUCUAGUUGGAGGUCUUGUGAGACCCAGUUUUUGUUUGUUUUGCUCAUUUUACCAAGAGGUUCCUUGGACUGGGUAGGUGAACACAUACUCCAGAAUGAAAGAUACACUUUUAAGGUUCCAGCCCACGACUCCCACCCACAUUCCCCAUGCAGCGUGAACCUCAGUUUCCAAAGAGAAAAAAAUCAGAACAACAGAAGCCAGGCAGGGAGAGGAAUCUCCUCUUUAGAAUUAAUAGACCCAGCCUCUCAAAUAACAUCAGGUCUGGGAAAGCAGAAAGAGGGCAUGAGCGUCCAAUUUUGCUCUUCCCCAUAAGGAUCCAGCUCUGAGAUUAGAUCUGAUAACAAAAAAAUGGCUGUGGUUGUAAAGGACAAGCUCUGGACUGCAGCAGCAAUAAUCUUCGAACCAUCUGAGGGUAGGGAGGGCUUUCGCACCCUCCCCCUGCCCCCUUCAUUCCUUGCUCAUUCUCUAGAGUCCCUGAUCUUGGCUCUGUGCUGGGAUCCUGCAAGGUCCUUCCAGUUUGUAGUCAGCCCCAAAUGGCAUGUGGGGGUGGUCACUGAGGUUAACAGGGCAGUAGCAAUGUACUUUUCCCUGGACUGCAUUUGUGCCCUUUUUUGCCACAAUAACAGCUGCUAAGCAGUGAUGAGUUUGGGCAGAGCUCUGGCUAAAAUGUAGAUGCUUGGGGAGCAUUUACCCUGGCACCAAACCUCAGCCCAUGGCACAGUAUCAGCUUCAAAGGUGCCACCCAGCGUGACCAGUAGGAUGUGGGGAAGGGAGGGUGAGAGGAACUGUGGGAUUGUUUUCACUUUGCAGCAGGGGUGGUCUCCUUAUCUUCAGAUCCCUCUCCACUUAGCGGAAAGUGAAACUCCACCCCGAGUGUGGAAUGCAUUGCAGGGUGGGGCGGGGAGGAGCCAAGAACACACACCUAGGAGCAGACAGCUACCUACUGAAGAGAUGCAGUCUAACCCUUGGGAAAUCCCUUCUAAAAACCUGAUUUUUGGCUUAUUCUUUCAUGAAAGGUGAAGCAUUUGAAAAGUGAUGUCAGUAGAGCACCUGGGAUGAAUCUGGCUCUUUUAAGAGCGCCUCCCACCCACACCCCCAGAAUAGGGCUGAUCUUACCUUGUUUGAUUGCUCUUUCUUGCCACAGUUCGUUGAGGUUACUGCAGCAUGAGGCAUAGGUGCUGACUCUGUGGGUGUUCAGCACCCACCAGCCACAGCUGUUCCCUGCCCCUGCUCAACAGCUGAUGGAGGGCGGCUCGAGAAGGGGCUUGGGUGAGGGUGGAGAGUGGUGGGGGGUAGGAAGAGGCAGCGUGCAGGUGGGGCCUUGGGGUAAGGGGUGGAGUGGGGGUGUGGCCUCGGGGCAAAGCGGGGGUGGAGCACUCCCAGGGAAAAGGAAAAGAAGGCACCUGUGGCACGAGGGGCAAACCCCUGAGGGGACUGACAUAAGUCCUGUGUUUGUACAAGAAUUCACGCCAUGGCAGCAAGGAUCUUCACCUCUACUUCACUGUUUUAAACUCCCAUUAGCACUAGGGAGAUGGGGCUUAGUUCAGUUCCAGUUCAGUGGCAGACAGCAUCUUUAUUACCAGUGAUGAUCAGAGAGGGAGAAAGACUCUCCAGUCCCGGAGUGAGGCUACAGAGGUGGCAGGUAGAGAAACAUUCUUUGACUUUGCCAGCUGAGAACUUUUGAUUUGGAACAACUGUGAGAUGAACAUGGGGGCCCCAUGAUGGAAUAUUUAUAGCAGCUUUCAAAGUAGAAUCUCCUUUUAAUAUUUUAGUGCUGGCAGAAGCCAUCUGAACCUACACAUUAUGCUUUCCUGCCACCCUUCUUUUCGCCCACUAAGUGCCAAGGACACAAAUCUGUUUGUUUUGUAUCUAGUGUGGAGUUAAAGAGCUCUACCCACAGCCAACAGCGUUACCUAACAGUAUUUGCAUAUCAGCAACCACCAUGCCCGGAGAAUUUUGCACAUUAGAUAUGUCAGCUCUUUGCACCUUUUUCAGACAGGCAGAUGCAAGAUAAAACUCCCUCUGGCAUGACAGUAGCAUUAUAACGUAUUGCCAGUUGUGUGGACAAACUUGACCUCAGGAGAGCUGACUUAGAUUGGUGAGUUGAGAAGAGCACCCAGUACCAUAGUUAGACCAUUACCUGGAAGAGUAACAAUUAGGUACUAAAUGCAGCCAACGAGCAGCUCCAUGCAAAAGAAAGUCUGCUAUAUGCAACAAAGCAGUGGAAUCCAUACGGAUGCCAGAUAGCACUUUUUAUGCUCUCUGUCAUAAAGGUCUUAUACCCUUCUGCCCCCAACAGUAGACACUCAUUGGUGCUUUAAAUGCCUCGCAUGAUGCUCUUGCCCAGAUGGGGAAACGGGAAAGAGAUUUUAGCAGCUCCAAGGUGGCUUAUGCCCCAGACCUGAGGGCUGAUUUCUCUUCUAAAAUCAUCUCCACUUGCAGAGUCCCAGGUGUUAUAAAAACACUUGAACUAACCUUGGCCCGUAUCGCACUCAUGUUUAGUUAUUUGUCUCCCUACCCCUCAGGGCCAAUGCAUCCCUCUGAAGCCACUUUACAAAGCAAGGAUAAGCUAGCUGCCAGGAAGCUAACCUUGAAGCACUCAUUGGUACGCUUGGCUAUAAUUCAUACACAGCCCUGGAUAUUUAAGCUGGGUUCAGUGAGGUGGAAUCUGGGCCAAGACACCUGGGUUUAUCUUACUCUUUUCAGCAAAUGCCAGGACAGCUUUGGAUUUCACAUGGGCAGCCCCCGGGGGAUGGGCAAAAGAGACGUUAGCUUGAUAUCUUCUCUGAAGGACCCUUAAACACAUAUGUCUUUGGCCCAGAAGUGAGUUUGUUGCUCACCAAGCAGUACUGCAUAUGUGGCAUUUUUAUGAGAGAGAGGCUUUUCCUCUCUAUAGCAGCCUCAUCCCCCCUUCUGUCACUUCCCAGAUGCACAGUGUAGGAGGCAGGGUUGGUCAGCCUAGAGAGUGGGAUUCUGCCAAGAAACCCCUGCAUCUGCCAGACACUGGGCACUCACACCUGCCGAGGUAACUGAUUUGUCCCACCCGUGACUUGUGUCUGGGCUUCACAGCCAUUUCCAGAUUGCUUCUGCUCUUCGCAUUUUGAACUACUUGCAUCACAGAGCCUCCCCCCCCCCCCCAGGCAGCCCUGCCUUCCCAAGAAGCCCCUGUCUUAUCACAGUGACUACACAUGGCAAUGCCUUAAUUGGUUAUCCAGUCCAGGUCAUGGCCAGAAUAGGAUCCUCUUUGGUACUGUGUCCGCUGUACGCUCCAGCUCUUUGGCUCGUUCACUUUUUAAAAGGCCUAAGGCAUUGGGGUUUCUAGCAGACCUCUAUGGUCGACCUCACAGGAGAUUUGUUGCUCGCUGAGCUUGACAUACCACCUUGCGACACCACUGUAAGCCCACUUGCAGGUGUUGGGACAGCAUGAGUACCUGCUGCUGUUUUAGCUAGUUGAAUGACAGGAGCACCCCAAAAGGCCCCACGAGGAACUUUUAUUGAUAUUACACUAACACCUGGAUGCUCCAACUGAGCCGGAGUCCUCAUUUUGCUGGGUGAUGAACACCUGCAGAGCUAGUGCUUACAAUCUAAGUAGACAAAGGGUGAGAGGGGCAUUGACUUGCCCAAAAGCACACAGGAGGACAGUGGCAGAGCCACAUCUAGAACCCCGCUCCCAGUCCAGGGCCCUACCCACUAGACUCUGCUGCCUGCCUGUGGUGCUGAACAGAAGCAGAAGUGUCACCCACUUACAGUCAUCAUUUCCCUAGCACCAUUUCCAUGCAUGGCCCUUCCAGGUGAGGUGCAUCAAGGGACGCAACAGCACCUCUUGCUGGUGCAGGAUAAGGUGAGAAGGCCUUUGAACCCAAUGACACGUCCCCCUCUUCCCAGCCCUGCACAAGUGAGAACACAAGAGGAGCGGCUGGAGGAGGAGGAGGACAGACUGCCGCUCAGCGCUGUCUUUUGCGGAGGUCCCCUAAGGCACAGGUUUUAAUGCCAGUUUCUUUAUUCUUAUGGGGUCUGGUUUCCUUGGUGGGAUCAUGACCCUGGUUGAACUUUAUGGCAGCUAAUCCUGAAUUAACACUUCAACAGAUGCUUUAAGCCAUGGAACAUUUUAAACCAGACCUGGCUAUGUAUUAUAGUGUCCUGGCACCAAACACAAGGAUCUGCAGGGCAGCCCAGCAGCGUUGCAAUUGCACGUGACCUGCUGAUCAAAUCACUCAUUGAUUUCCAUGGAGACCAUUGGCUUCUGGGCCAUUGAUGUACACCACCUGGAAGUCUGGCCCCAAAAGUUCCAGGUUCCAGAUUCACAAAAAGUACUUAGUUGCUUGACUCCCCUUGAAAUCACUGGGCAAUAGGUGCCUAAAUACCUUUGUGCAUUUGGGUCACAUACCACAUUUGCUUAUGGGGGAAAUUCUUAAUUGCAACUGGGUUUUGUCAACGGCUAUGAUAGAUGCGCGGAAAAUGACAUUAACAAAGUAUUAACCCUUAAAAAGACGGCAUUGACCGCGCUGCCAACCAAAUGAAUGCUUUUAUAUGUCUGGCCACAGUCUCCCCCUCCCUUCUUUUCCUCCCGCAUUAAUGGCGGAUGAUUCACUUGAGCCGAACCUCUGAGUUAUUUUCCUGGCUGUAGGUGUACUACUGUGAUAGCAUUAAUAUCUUUUACUUGUUGUGCAAUGAUUUAACAUGAAGAUGGUUGGGCUGUUUUUUGUGGGUUUUACUUUUUUUUAAUUACUACAAUUCUUGUUUCUUGAUGUUCUAUUUAGAACUCUGUGAUGUUUUACUACUAUAGAUUGAAAGUGGGAUGCGGGGCGGGGCAACAUGGCAAAACCAUAAGGAAUUACAGUAUUAUUUAAAAAAGGUUUUAAAAAAAGAAUUGUAACGCUGUGUAAAAAUCCAGAUGAAAAUUUAAGUGACUAUUAAACAGAGCUGUUAGUAAGUUGUGGGUUUGGCAAAUUGGAAUGUUUGUUUAUAGUUUUGGUCCCAUUGAUGUCACUUCUGGCACUAGAUGAAGUGUUCAGACUGUAACUUCCUUGCCUUUGAACUCCAUUCCUGCCUCACACAAGUUGCCAUGAGCCCGGCUGUCCACCAGAUUAAGCAACGCCUUAACUGCUCGAUAAACAAAGCAAGACCAAUAGCUCCCAUCAAGGCAAAGUCAGUGCAGCGCACACAGAUAUUAGCUACCCAUUUGCCUUGCUGUAGUUGAAUUCUAGGUGAAUUCCUGGCACGGCAUGAAAAAGGAACAGUACGUGUGUGGGUAAAGAAUUGGUCGCUAGACUCUCAGAUGGUGUAAAUCACUAGAGCUCUGUCAACAUCACUGCCAAUUUGCAUCAGCUGUGAAUUUGGCCCUGGGCAUGUGGUAAAAGUGCAAAUGUUUCUGGAGGGUGUGUGAUUUCCCAUCCUGGAAAACUAAACUAGCAUUGGUGACUGUGUCAGGUUUAUAAAAACAAGGAAAUGUAUCCUAUUUAUUACACACAUCAGAGAAUGUCAUUUAAAUCCUUGCUUCGCAGACCGUUAAGCAUAGUUACAACAGCCCUAUGUAACACUUCCUGGGUCUAGCUUGCCUCCUUGCAUUGCUGUUGUAAGGUCACACCCCAGAGUUCUCCUGCUUUUGACCAAGUGAUCAAACAAUAUUGCUUCAGACCUAGCCUUCCUUAAAAGUCUGAAGACAGUUUUCUUGCCCUGCAAGUAUCCAACACUACUGAUCCCACAGUCCAUACUAGUGGUACCCAACCUAGACCACAAAGGUGUUAACCAUGUGGGCCAGGAUUCACCAAGGGCCUCAGGCACCAGACCCUGAGAGUUGCAAUGCUUAACUUUCAGGUGCCUGGAAAAAAAAAUCACAAGAACACCACUGUGAUCCACAAAGCCGGAGUUCAGGGCCAAGCUCCCUAUAAAACAAAUGGGGAGAGGUAGGUGCCUUAGAAUACAAUCCCCAGAAACCAGCAGGCAAGCUGGGGAUCUUCCUAAACUAGCCAAUGGGAGACACCAACAAAUGGGCUGUGUCCUAAACCCUGCCCCUCUCAUGGAGUUUGGUCGGCUGCAGGGAGGAGCCCAUGUCUGCUAGUGAGCGACAACCAGGAACCUGUCGCCUGGACUCCAGGUGGCUUAGGCACCUAAGGUUUCUUGCAAGAAUGAGUUAGGCACCUGCCUCACCCCACACAAGAUGGUGGCAGGAGUGGGCUGUAGUGGUACCAUCGACCUUAUAACCUGUAGCCCCAGGCUUAGCACACAGACGUGGGAGACCCAGGUUCAACGCACCCCUCUGCCUCACGGGGAGAGGGGAGCCCCCUGCUCAAAUUCUGCUGCUCAAGAGAGGGCUCUAACCAAUGGGCAAUAGGGUAUAGUGAUGUGGAGCUCCCUCCAGCUUUCCUGGUGAUGUGCCCCUUUGGAUAAAUAGUGGAGUCAUCAGGCCCGAAGGAGAAUGUCUCUGUAGCCUGGUGGUUUAAGUACCCACUUGGGUGGUGGGAGAUGCAGGGUCCCGUCCCCCUCCUCUAAUCACUCUUUCAUUAUGUAUCAGCCGGAGACUCCUGUUCAAAUCUCCCUUCUGCAUUAAGCAGAGGGGAGACGUGAACCUGGGUCUGCUGUAUCCCAGCUGGAUGUGAUAGCAUUGGGCUAAAAGUGAUGUGGUGGGCAGGAGCCCUAAUGCCACCAACCAGAGUUUGAAUGAGAGCUGCUCUAGUAGGCGGUCUCUGAGCACAUUUACUGGCUUGGGCCCCACACGCCCGGUAGCUGUUUGGCUGCCUCUCUCCCUCCUGGUUUGAGAAUUGGUCUGGGCUUAACAGGUGGCUGGAGAGGAGACUGGCAUCCAAAUGCCAAGAACAAGGUAGCAGCACAUCUGCUCUGAGGCAGAAAUAUUGGCGCCAAGGGAGUUUUUACUCUAAAAACGUAGGCACCAAGUGAAUUUAGGCACUUCUCAGGAUUCGAUGCGAGUUCAGUGUAUCCCAGUGGAGCCUAAAAAUGGGGUCUAGUUGCCCAUUAACUGCAGUGAUCACAGGAUCAUGCCUCAUGGGGCUGUCCCACCUUUUUUCCAGGUGCUCAGUUGCAUUAAAAUAAAAUACCUUCCUUGUGUUAAUGUUCCACGUAAGGGAUUACUGUCGCCGCCACGGGGAUGUUACAUAAUAAGCCACGGGGAGAGGUGGCCCAAACUACUACAUAUGGGAGCAGAGAUGAUCUGCUUGAAAUGGUGGGUGAGUGGGUGGGGGGCCAGCAGCUGGCACUGGAUUGCACAUGCAUAUGGGCCACACUUGGCAAGGUUUACACACAGCGGGCCCAUACCACCAGUUCCGGAUACCUUCCAAGCAUAGAACUGGAGGGGCAGAAGGGACCUCAGGGGGUUAUCUCAUCUAUCUUCUCCCUCCCUUCCCCCCCAACACCACCUUCAAAAGAGCAAUGCUUUUGGGGGCACGUGAUGGAAAAAGCACCCAAAGGACAAGUGUAGCAGACUCUUCAGGAUACGUAGGUUAAAUAUAGUAGUAGCACUGUUAGGUAUGGCCGACUCUUUAAAUGCAAAAUUCCUUGCAUUAUAGGAGAGCAUUUCUGCUAGCUGCUGGACUGUGGGUUUUCUCAGCCCUGUGCCCCCGCCACCCCAGUCUGCCAGGAGUUUGCAUUGAACCUGCAAUGCAAUUCCUAUUCAAUAGCCAGCCAUCCACUGCUUUUCUAAGGCCUAGUCUACACUACACGACUGUUGCUGCCUUUCAGAUGCCAUCCCACAAUGCCCACACUGACAAUUAAAUUGGGGCAAGCACUGCUGUUGAGGACAUGCACUGUUGAUACAAGGAGCAUAGGGUGGACAUGCAGAAGCAGUUUAAUUACUGCAGCAGCUGUAAAUUGACAUAACGUAGAGCGAUUUAGUUUUGUAGUGUAGACUUGCCCUGAGCAGAGACUAGUCACUAAUUACAAGACACUCAGUGUCACUAAUUAGUAAGCAAUCAUGUAUUAACUGUAAUGUGGUCAAUAACGAGCCAAAGCAGUGCAGAUCAAAACAUGUUCACUUUCAUAAUUUGAGUCAGAUGCCACCAGCAGGUUGAUUUUCGUUCUUGGUGGUUCGGGUUCUGUAGUUUCUACAUCGGAGUGUUGCUCUUUUAAAGGCUUCUGAAAGCAAGCUCCACACCUCGUCCCUCUCAGAUUUUGGAUGGCACUUCAGACUCUUAAACCUUGGGUCGAGUGCUGUAGCUAUCUUUAGAAAUCUCACAUUGGUACCUCCUUUGUGUUUUGUCAAAUCUGCAGCAAAAGUGUUCUUAAAAUGAACAUGUGCUGGGUCGUCAUCCGAGACUGCUAUAACAUGAACUAUGUGGCAGAAUGCGGGUAAAACAGAGCAGGGGACAUACAAUUCUCCCCCAAGGAGUUCGGUCACAAAUUUAAUUAACAUGUUUUUUUUUAAAUGAGCGUCGUCAGCAUGGAAGCAUGUCCCCUGGAAUGGUGGUCGAAGCAUGAAGGGACAUAUGAAUCUUUAGCACAUUGGCAUGUAAAUAUCUUGCAAUGCCGGCUACAACAGUGCCAUGUGACUGUUUGUUCUCACUUUCAGGUGACAUUGUAAUCAAGAAGCGGGCAGCAUUGUCUCCCGUAAAUGUAAACAAACUUGUUUGUCUUAGCAAUUGGCUGAAUAAGUAGGACUGAGUGGACUUGUAGGCCCUAAAGUUUUACAUUGUUUUGUUUUUGAGUGCAGUUAUGUGACAAAAAAAAUCUGCAUUUGUAAAUUGCACUUUCAUGAUUAAGAGACUGCAUUAUGUACGAGGCGAAUUGAAAAAAUUAUUUCUUUUCUUUAUCAUUUUUACAGUGCAAAUAUUUGUAUUAAAAAUAUAAAGUGAGCACAGUACACUUUGUAUUCUGUAUUGUAAUUUAAAUCAAUAUAUUUGAAAAUGUAGAAAAACAUCCAAAAAUAGUUAAUACAUUUCAAUUGGUAUUCUAUUGGUUAACAGUGCAAUUAAAAUGAUAAUCACGUUUUUUUUAAAUCGUGAUUAAUUUUUUUUGAGUUAAUCGUGUGAGUUAAUUGUGAUUAAUUGAGAGCCCUAAUGCUUAGUUCUAUCUGUAAAGUAACUUAAAAUUUGCAUGGAAAUAAAUGCAGUGCCAAGUAUUAUACUAAUAGCAAAGAUGGAAUCAGAUGUUAGUGAGUCAUGUCCAUGAUUGUGAUUGGUAAACAUAAAUGCCAAAAUAAUUUAAAAAAUAAAGUCCCCUUCUUAAUAAAAGAAAGGAAACCUUAAUCACAUAGGUUAAAAUUAGACAUAUUUUUAGUGGUGUGAAAAACAAUGGACUAAAAUAGAGUAGAUAAUGGUAGUAACACCAAGUGUGCAUGUUAGAGAAAGUAAGCAGAUUUUAUGUCUCUCUACUAAAGAAAGUGUAUAAAGUAUCAAAUGUGUGUUUCUGAAAUCUGUGUUAGAGCUCCAGAACUGAUAUCUCAAGGCUUGGCAUUGGGAAUAUCUUCCUGUAUUAUCAACUGACUCUUCUAAAUUUACAUAUAAACUUUAAACGUGGCUUUAA